CGCGCAAUUGCUUAUUUCAGUUGCGAUCGCGGCGCGAGCGAGUCAAGUCCUAACAUUCAAGAAGCGGGAGUUCCGUUUCGAACAGACGGGUGGAAAAUUUCUCUCACCGGACCACACGGUGGUGGAAUCGAGAACGUAAACGUAAACCCAAACGCAAACGAAGGGCAGCGGGGCUGCAGUAUUGCUGUCAGUGCCAAAGUUUACAACGAAUACACAAAGCACAGAGUAGAGUGGUGCAUUUUGCUUUUUUAACCCCUACUGGUUGACUAAUUGACAAGAUGACUAAAAACGAUAAUGCAAAUCUGUUAAACGACAACAGGCUGGGUACCGCCGGAGCGGGCCAGCCAAAGGCCCAGAUAGUGCCCGCCCAGCCCAAGACCUUGCAGCACCUGCCCAAGCGGCCGGCGGUGGACCUGGCCUUUCACAACCUUACGUACCGCGUCAAGGAAGGAAACCGGAGCAAUGCCAAGACCAUUCUGAAGGGUGUCAGUGGACGCCUCCGGUCGGGAGAGCUCACCGCCAUAAUGGGACCAUCAGGCGCUGGCAAGAGUACGCUGCUCAAUAUUUUGUCCGGCUACAAAACCUCGAGCAUCGAAGGCAGCGUCACCAUGAACGGCGCCGAGCGCAAUCUCAGCGCUUUCCGCAAACUGUCCGCCUACAUCAUGCAGGACAAUCAGCUCCAUGGAAACCUGACGGUCCAGGAAGCGAUGACUGUGGCGACGAAUCUAAAGCUCAGCAAGAAGUUUUCGAAGCCCGAGAAGCAUUCAAUGAUUGAUGACAUCUUGCUGACUCUCAGCCUGAGCGAGCACCGCUACACGAUGACGCGCAAUCUGUCCGGCGGCCAGAAGAAGCGUCUCUCAAUCGCCCUGGAGCUGGUCAGCAAUCCGCCUAUAAUGUUCUUUGACGAACCCACCUCCGGCCUUGACAGCUCAACCUGCUUCCAGUGCAUCCAUCUUUUGAAGAUGCUGGCCGCCGGCGGACGCACUGUCAUCUGUACCAUCCAUCAGCCCUCCGCUCGUCUUUUCGAGAUGUUCGACCAGCUGUACACUCUGGCAGAUGGUCAGUGCGUCUACCAAGGCAGCACCAAGCAACUGGUGCCCUUUUUAUCGACGCUGAAUCUUGAGUGUCCUAGCUACCACAACCCAGCGAGCUACGUGAUCGAGGUGUCUUGCGGAGAGCACGGCGACCACACGCGCAAACUGGUCGACGCCAUCGACAACGGCAAGCGGGACAUCCGCUUGUCGGCCGACUAUGCCGGGCUGAAGGCUCGGAACGAUCUGGUUAAGGUUCAGAACUUGAAGGCCAUUUUAGACAAGAACGACGCUUCGAACGUCAGCGGCAGCAAGUACGAGGAUAACCUCACCCUAAACAACGGCUUGCUCAACGGCAUGGUCAACGAUAUUGUGAAGGAGGGCAACGCGAGCAGCGCUCUGGUUUCCACCAACGAAAAGGGAGAUGCCCUUAUCGACGUAGAGAAGUCCGUCAACUGUACAACCGCUCUGCUCACGGAGGAGAUCACAUCGCCGGAGCGCUACCCGACGUCACAGUUCCACCAGUUCUGGGUGGUUCUUAAGCGAACUCUGCUUUUCAGCUACCGCGAUUGGACACUUAUGUAUCUGCGAUUAUUUGCCCAUCUCUUGGUUGGAUUCCUGAUUGGCGCCCUCUACUAUGACAUCGGCAAUGAUGGAGCUAAAGUUCUGAGCAACCUGGGAUUCCUGUUCUUUAACAUGCUGUUCCUUAUGUACACGUCUAUGACCAUUACGAUCCUGUCGUUUCCGCUCGAGAUGCCGGUUUUGUUGAAGGAAAACUUUAAUCGUUGGUAUUCGUUAAAGUCUUACUAUCUGGCUAUAUCAGUGGCGGAUUUACCAUUUCAAGCAAUUUUCUGCGUCAUAUACGUGUCCAUCGUAUAUUACUUCACGUCGCAGCCCUGGGAGCUCUUCCGCUUCUCCAUGUUCUUGUCGGCUUGCCUGCUUAUCUCGUUCGUGGCUCAGUCCGUGGGGCUGGUGGUUGGCGCCGCUAUGAAUGUGCAGAACGGUGUCUUCUUGGCCCCGGUCAUGUCCGUGCCCUUCCUGCUGUUCUCCGGCUUCUUUGUCUCAUUCGACGCCAUACCAGUAUAUUUAAGGUGGAUCACAUAUCUUUCGUACAUCCGAUACGGAUUCGAGGGCACUGCUCUGGCGACCUAUGGGUAUGGGCGGGAAAAGCUGAGGUGCUUUCAGACCUACUGCCACUUUAAAUCACCCACUACGACGCUGGAAGAACUGGACAUGGUUAAUGCCAACUUUACCUUGGACAUUGUGGCCCUUAUCGUGAUCUUCGUGGUGCUGCGCAUCUCUGCGUACCUAUUCUUGCGCUGGAAGCUGAAGACUGUGCGCUAGGCAUUAAAGCGCAGUGGGUUGUAUUCGGUUAUAAAAGCUUUCUAUGUACCUAUUAUUUAGUUUUCAAAGAGUCUUGGUUUCUUAAUAAUUAAUCUUUGUAACAUUUAUUUUUUCCUAGUUUUUAGUUGUGAAAAUCACGUUUAGGUGGAUAAAAACGCCAACCUCACGUUAGCAUGAUUCCAGCUGCAGGUGAAGCAAAACCUUAAAACAAUUGAUCAAACCAAAUCACUGCAAGCACAACAACUUCGAUGUUAGAAAUGUAUAGAAAAAUAAGUUAUUAAACAUCCACUUUUUUGCCAAAAAAAAUAUAUACAUUUGUAUAUAUUUUCAGAUGUAUUUAACAAUUGUUUUGUAAAUGUUUGUGAAUAAUAACACAAAUUUGGCGUAUCUACACCAAAAUUGAAAGGAAUGAAAUCCCUGUAAAAUACACAUAUUUGAAUUCAAGGUACUAAAGGCCUACUUUUAAUUAAUUAUACUAACUUUUUAAUACAGGUUUACAACUCCAAAUGGUAUUUAAGUGUCUGCAACAUAUACAUAUUUUAUAAUCACAUUUGUAUUUAUAAAUAGUGCAUUCUUGAAGGAAAUAAAAAAUUAUACACAAAUGA